CCUCCACUUCCAGUUCUUCCUGGACGAAAGAAACCAAACAGACGACCAGUGAGCGAAAAAACCAGAGCACAAACUCAACUAUUCACAAUGAGAGCAGCGAUUCUUAACCGUACAGGAUCCCUCUCACCCGGGAGAGAUGUCUCCGGCUUUUGUCCGAGAUCGCCGGCCGGUGGCCAUGAUGCCGGCAUAUCAUUAUGCCGCCGGAGCAAGACCCAAAGGAUGCCACUCGAAGUGAGGGAGAGGAGGAGCUUUUCUUCGCCGGCGGGGAAGGUCAAUCUACUGCGGCGGGUCAGAUCUGACACCGAUCUUAUCAGGUCGGCUCCAAUGAGUUCAUGCGGAUCAAGAUGGUUGCCGCCGGCGUUGCAUCCGGACGUGAAGGAGGACGGUCUGCACGCCAGGGUAUGGAAGGGGGUUUCUAAGGAGGUUGUUGUGGUGAAAGAGGACGAGGAAGUCGAGUUUUCCGGUGGAUCAGGGAAAGGGAAAGGAAGGAAGAGCAUGGGAGGAAGCUUUGGUGACGGCGGGAACGAGGAAAACGACGGAAAUCGGAUGAUUGACCACUAUUACCAGGAGAUGCUGAGGGCGGAUCCUGGGAAUCCUCUCCUCUUGAGGAAUUACGGAAGAUUCUUGCACGAGGUUGAAAGGGAUUUAAAGAAAGCCGAGGGUUACUACGGCCGGGCGAUCCUUGCCUGCCCGGGUGACGGCGACCUGUUCUCGCUCUAUGCGCGAUUGAUCUGGGAUUCUCACAGGGACUGCAAGCGCGCCGAAACCUACCAUGAGCGCGCCGUGGAAGCCUCCCCUAAUGAUUGCUAUGUGCUGGGGUCCUAUGCGCAUUUCCUCUGGGAAGCAGAGGAGGAAGGGGAAGAAGAGGGCAUGGUGGAUUCAUCAUCGUCAUCUGUGGAAGCUUUCUGAUUACAAUGACGGCCUUGAUCUGUUCUUCUUCUUUCUGUAAAUAGCCCGAAGAAACUACAGUAACUAAGAGCUUGUGAUGAAAUAACUGACGGGACCAUGGCUGCAUGGGGAGAGAAGACUGGCUCCAAAAUGGAGAAGGGAUCGCCACCAGAGCUGCUGCUAAGUUAUUGAAGGGUAAAAUAUAUUUGGGCCAGCUUUCUGAUCAAAUUUUGAUAGCAUGGAUUUUAAAAUUAUUAAAUUUAUUUUAAGAUAAAUCAUCAAAUUAUAUUUAUAAUUUAAUGAUUUUAAGAUUCAAUCCGAUCCAAAAUUUGAUCAGAAACUACUUCCUUCUUGUAGGGGGGCUGAUAAGAAAUAACCGAAUGAUCUUCAAGGAUUCGUGGCGGUCCUUAGGGUUUUUUUUUUUUUAAUGGCGAAAUUAUAAAAAAGUAA